UUCGUUUAAUCUUAAUCAUCACCACAAUCAAUCUUCCAAAUCUACGCAAGUUUGCAAUAAGUAUAUAUUGAUACUACAAUGCCUUCUCUUCGCUGUUCGUCGCUGUUGUUCUUCAUGCUUCUUAACAUCGUCAGCUAUGCUAGCGGUGCGGAUCUGGAGUCGAUUCUUGAAGAUGCGACGUCGCAAACUCCUAAACAGUGGGAGAGGAUGUUUUUUGGUGUAAUGAUCUAUCUGAUUAUAUCGUUGAUUCUCUUCAUCAACACCUUCCUCAUCUGCCGGUACAAGAGUAAGCCGAAGCAAACGGCGAAAGCUGAGCCAACUCUAAAAUCUGUUGUAAUCAAUGUCCAUCAACGUCCAGAACCGCGUGUUGUUAACCUCUCACUACGCCAGGCGGUGCCUAGUCCCAGUGAUAGACGCUCCAGUUUGGCUGAACCAAGCGAACCUGCGACCCUUGAAAGAAUCAUCAUCACAAAAACUGCACGGCUCAAGGACUCUGAGAGGAGGGCGGCAAAAACGGCACGUGGAGAUGGCCUGUCGCAAAGGGAUAAAGCUCUUAUUCGGGCAGUGGCUGCGUCAACGGCUCGUUCUCUUCGCGAAGUAUCUAAGAAAAGCAAAAGGUCGAGUAAGAAAUCGAGCAAGAAGUCGUCAUCUUCGUCUAGCAGUGAAAGCUCUUCAACAUCAUCGUCUAGCAGUUCGAGUAGUUCAUCUGGCCGCUCUUCGCGAAGCCGCAGCUCUCGACGCACCUCCGGUUCUUCUCGGCGCUCUUCGGAUCGUUCUAGCCGCUCAAGUCGCCGCUCUAGCCGCCGCUCAUCUCGUUCUGAUACAAGCCUUCGCCGUUCGUCUGGCCGUUCCAGUUCAAGCCGUUCAUCACGGCGCAGAUAA